AGUUCAACCAUUGAGAGGAAAAUGUCUGGAACAGAUCACUGGUUGGUUAGUAUCCGAGCUGCUGAGCAGCUUGGCCAGGAAACCAUGCAGUUGAUUAAUGAAAGAAAUCAAAGCCAAAGACUUGGGUCAGGCAGCUCAAGGUGAUCAAGCUAGUCAAAAAGUGAAAGAAUCCAAAGAAUUACUCUUUAAAGACCGCGAGCUUGCACAAGUGAAGACUGGUUUCUAACAAAGCUGAAAACUAGAUUAAUCAGCCUCUAUCGAUUAUAUUUUUCUAAAGUUUUCCGCGAGCGUUUAAGAAUUCACAAAGCUACCCCUGCGAUGGAGAAAGUUGAAGCUGAGUUUCCGGAUCCAAUGGAAGUCGUGCAUCUUGACUCCGAUGAACUCCCAAAAUUUCCACAAAGUCUAACAGACGCUGAUUAUUUGCUUAAACUGAAUACAAAACCAUCUGUUUUGCCAAGCUUUGGGGGAGAAAAAGAAUCUGUAGUUUCUGAUGAAUUCCCAGACAAAACAACUAAUUUUUAUCAAGAACUAGCAGAUGUCCUAAGCGAAGAAAGGGUUUGUCGAAAAGGCAGUUUGUCAACAGGUAGAUGGGACCCUAGCAGAGGCUUGGUUAUAGUCGAUAAUGCUGUAGGAACAUUUUGGCAAAAGUUUGGUACAAAAUUGGGCAGUUUGUUGUACGCUCUUCCAGAGGAAGCUUUGUUCCUUAUUGAGCAAGGAGUGUUUGAAUUGUUUUCGAAUAAGCUACCAUUAACAGUUCAAGAAGCUUGGGCACUACUUCUAACCCAUGUUCCAUCUUCAGAAUAUUACAACACAUUUGCUUUCUUAUGUCGUCAAGGCUUUGCCGUAAUAAGCAGUCGAAAGUAUCGAUAUUUUUAUGCAUGUAAUCAAUCGCACUUUGGCAUCAUAUCUCCUCGCGAUAUCGAUUGCAGAACUUCGUCAGACAGCACUCUGAAAGAAGGUCACAUUUCUGCUCCAUCAGUUGUAAUCGACGAACCUAGUUAUGAAAACUCGGGCAGGGAUAGUUGUGUGCAAAUUGGGGAACCAUUUAUUAAAUCAAACGCAAUUGUAGCAAAUGAAGAACUUUGUGUUGGUCAGGUACAUGAAGGAAUUGUUGAUAUGGUCAAGGAGGAAGGGGAAGAAAAUAGCACAGGAGUUCUAAAAGAUAGCGAAGUUAAACAGCAAGAAGAAAUAGAAACGGAAGCAGAUUGUUUGGAAACAAGCUCUAAAUUACAAAGCCUUUCACCGUUGGUUCAACCAACUGAUGCAGUAUCUGUGGAAGCUAUACUGGCAAAGUUGCAGAUAAUAAAGCCACGGGUUUCUGGAGGUAGGCGAUCAUAUGCCAUUAAAGACACUGAAAUAGGUGAAGAAAUCUCUGCUGCAUACGAGGUUAAGCAAUUACCUUACCUGGAUGUAUACUAUAAAAGCUCCGGUUUCAAGAAAAGCAGUCCUGGUCUGCCAGAUUGCCGGGUGUUUGUUUGCAACUAUACAGAUUUGCCACCAAGUCAGCUUGAGUUGAAACAGAUGCAUGCAGCAGCAAAUGGCACACCAGUAAAGUUUGCUGUCUCCAGUUAUGGCUCUGUUACAUUCUAUGGUAUGGUGAAUGUAAAUGUUUCUGCCAGUUCAGGUCUGCAUAGCAAAUAAACAGUCGAAACACAGAACUUCUAUGUAGUUAAAUGUCGAGUUACUUGUGGUCUUUACAAAGUUACCAAAACAACAAACCUCCAGAUAUUAUAAUACACCCCCCCUUUUCUGUGUGAUACUGCUAAAAAUACGUUUUUAUAUUAUCAUGUCCAUAUUAUUAUCAUAAGGAUGUUUAAGGGCUUUUCUAAAGUUUUGGCAAGGAUAUAAGAGUUUACCAAUACCUGCUGACAUGCUCCCUAGCAAGGCAGAUUACGACUUUCGAAAUUAGAAGAGUAGCUUUUUUUACACAGAUGUCAUUGUUUUCACCAAGAAGUCACGAAUUUGCUCCUGCCACCAAUAGGGCAUAGUCUGGGCUGUUAGAACAUGAAUCAUGCGAAUUGUGAUACCAGCAUGAAAAUGGGUACACUGAGGUAAUUUCACACUCUGAUAACGAUGCCGAACAGACCCAAGCCGAAAAACGCCCCCAAGUGCUAUUUUUAGACUGGGGUACUUGAACCAAGACCUCUAUUUCGGAUUCCAUCAAUACGUAGUUAACUAAUGUUUAAAAUGACAAUGAGGGUAAAGCUUUAAACAUAAUUCUACACAAUAAAAGUAUAACACAGAAGCAAUUAAAAUAUUACCCUUGAUGCUAUUUUUAGAGUGGACUACUAGAGCCCAGGCCUCAAUAAGCUUUCUUGUAUAAAUCAUUACUAUUUUUGGUAUGAAUGUGAAAUAAAGUGAAUAUUAAAUCUCUGGAUUGCUACUACUCCUCUCAAAGGCCUUCAAGAGAAGCAUAGAAGAACUACCUAUUGAAGGUUGGAAAGCACAGAGGCUAGAAGAAUCAGUGCAAUUCUAUUAUUGGUUCACUGUAAUGGAGUUAGAGUCAAUCCUGUUGUUGCUAGUUAAAGCAACAAGGGAGUCAAAUCACCACUAGUUUCCAAGUGCACAAUUCAAGUCAAACACUGUGCUAAGAGCCCAGACUAGGCAAUGGUUUUUUGGAUGCGGUUGGCACAUUUUCCCAAAACCUAAACUCACUAUCAUCUGGUAGUAAAAGAGCAUUUGCCUUCAAAAUGUAAUUUUUUGAAAAAAUUGUCGCUAUAAUAGCCCUUAUGCCCUAUUUUGUGGAGGUUGACGGCAUACCCUAUAAACAGACCCUGCAUGGACACUCCAUUGGCGUGUCCCAAUACGUUUUUUGUCCCAUAAAGGGAAUCCUCAGAAAUUGUGACUUAUUGUUGUUUAAGUUAAUUUACGAAUUUAAAUGAAUGACAGUGCUCGUUG